UCAUGGGUUGGUUGAGUGACCCGUACUAGUUUCUUAUUAAAGGGAAGACAGAAAGGUGAUAUUGGUCAGAGUUCAUGUGGGUGUAAGAAUAGUACGACAACUCAUAGAAGCGAAAAUGAUACUAUGCACCAGUGUACACAAGAACCUAGCAUGUUUGCAUCGGGCUGUGGGCGGAGUUCGGUGGAAGAGCAGCUUAAGGACAGCCCCCCUGUUGACAGCCACUCCUGUUCGUGCCCUCAUAGAUGAACCGAUCAGCAUUAAAGGACAUUUCCUGCCCCCUCAGUGUCCCGUCACAGUGUGUGCACAAAUGCACAGUGAUGAUGGUGACCUGUGGGAGGCAUUCGCCCAUUAUAAUACAAAUGUAGAUGGCACUAUCAACUUGACCAGGGAUCAUUCAGUUGGCGGUUCAUAUUUGGGCUGUGAGCCGAUGGGACUGUUCUGGGGACUGCAGCCGGCUCCUGGUUCAAGAGAAGGUCUGAGGCUGAGGAAAAACAACGUAGAGACUCCAUACGUAAUGCUCAUGUCCCUACUGGAGGGCCACGUCUCACCCAGUGAGAAACAGAGCACCGAGCUGGCUGCAAUAACUACUGAGCACUGGUACAUGGCACCAGGCGUACGGAGAACAGAGAUCCGCCAGGAUGGAGUUGUGGGGACUCUGUUUUUACCGCCUGGCCCAGGCCCGUUUCCGGCCCUGUUGGACCUGUGGGGAAUGGGUGGAGGUCUGGUGGAGUACCGCUCCGCCCUUUUUGCAUCUAGGGGCUAUGCUAGCUUGUCUCUUGCCUACUUCGGGCACAAAGACUUGCCUUUCCCUCAAAACCGUAUCAAUGUUGGUGAUUCAUAUUUCAAAUCAGCAUACCACCUACUUCAAAAUCAUCGUCAGGUCUGUGGCGACAGAAUCGGGAUCGUAGGUCUCUCCUUUGGAGUCUACCUGAGUCUUAAAAUUGCCAUUGAGGCUGGAGUCGAACCAUCCUGUUUGAUUUGUAUCAAUGGUCCAGUAGGAAGCACCAUCAAGCUCUCGGAUGCAGAUGGCAGGACUGAAAACUUUGAAAGUGACCAGAAACAUUGGGUGUAUGAUGAUCAAGGCUGUGUGAGUUUCAAAGAAAUCUCCUUACCUGCAAACAUUCCCCCUGAGAGCAAAGUGAAGAUAGAGAACCUCACCUGUCCGUUAAUGUACAUAGUGGGUGAAGAUGACCUGAGUUCUUCAAGUAUGGAGAAUGCAAACCUGAUCGAGGAAACCUUGAGGUCUGCAAGUAAAUCCCACCUAUUCACCCGUUUGUCGUACCCCGGUGCCGGUCACCUGAUUGAACCACCUUACACACCAAAUUCAAGAGUGUCCCUGUGGAGCUUCAAACCAAAAAGACUGUUCACUCUGUGGGGAGGUCAUCCAGCCCCCCACGCUGCUGCCCAGGAAGAUGCCUGGAAGAAGAUUCUGGAUUUUUUAGAAAGUCAUCUGAGACGGUGACUGUGUGGUACAUCUUGAGAUAGAAAAUACAGGCUUCUGACUAGUCAUGACUGAUGUAUUGUCUGAUUUCAGGUGCAGUGACACCGAGUGCCCUUCUAGUCAACCAAUGGUACUUGGUGUGUUGUCAUCAUUCAUACAAUUGAAUUAAUGCAACACACUUUAAUAAUACCAAACAUGUAACAAAGAAUCGUCAUCACAGUUGUCAAAAUCUUCUCAGACACCUUUAAAAAAAUUCAGACACUUUUUUCUGUGCUCCUCAAAUGUUUAAUGGUUAAUGAGUAUACAUGCUAACUAAUUAUGUUUUAAAUGUUUGGGACGAACAAUUCGUGGCAUGCCGAGGUAACCAUGGCGAUGAGGUUGAUGAACUCUUUGAAGUCAAUCUCCAGGUCUCCGUUCUGAUCGAGGUCCACAAAGAGCUCAUCCAGAGUCUCAUUCUCCUGGAUUUUCUGUUCAGCAGGAAAAUUGGAUGACAGGGAAACAAUUGCAGGCUAUUUAAAUCAUUUUUGAAAACUAAAAGUCUGUAGCAACGUGAGUGACAGCAUGAGGUUGAAAUGCUCAUUACACACCAGAAAACAAAUUAAUUAAACAUGUUUGAUCUGAAGGUUGUGAUAAAGAAAUUUUGUUUGAUGAUCCCCUGGCAACAUUCAAAACGGUAACAUAUGUUCAUAUUAUGUUAGCUUUUAGCUCAGCAAUUAUCUUAGGCUUAUCUAAAAUAAUACAUCAUAACUUAUUAGUUGAUUUAUAAUUUGUACUAUGAUCUGCUGAAUAACUAGAGUAGAAGUAGAAAGUAGCAGAGAAAGGGAAUACUCAAGUACAUUCCAUUAAAAGCCAACAUCUAAUUUAAAACAACACACGUGUUAACUGUUACACACUGAAAGUAGACAAAAAAUUGACACGCUUGUUAAGAGUCGGUUAUCUUUAAGUUGUUUUUACAAACAUUAUACUGCAAAGUGCU